AUGGCCCCUGAGGCGCCUGAUCCUUCAAGCUUGAAAUCAUGGCACGAUGCGUUCCAAUACCCCAUUCCCACUGUCCGCCGCGUGGAACAGGAGCUGCGUCGGGACAUCGCGAGCAAUAAGGAGAAGCUCCGAGCUCUCGUGGGGACACGAUAUCGUGACUUAGUUGGCACGGCUGAGACGAUUGUGGCUAUGAACCGAGACAUUCAAGGCGUGGAAUCCAUUCUGGCCGAUGUUGGACGCCGGUGCAACCCCCGGCUUAUAGAAAGGAAGCAUGUUCAUGUCCGGCAAAUAGAAACUGGCGAUGAUGAGAAAGACGCAGAGAAGCACGCAUUCGGAGCGCAGCUUUCUCUCCUCCACCGCUGUACAACCUCUAUCAGCCGGCUUUUGCGACGUCGCGGCUCGCUCCUGCUGAUUGCGAAGAUUCUAGUUGUCUCGCGGUUACUGCACAAGACAUUAUCAAAACAUGAAUCAGUCCCUCCAUUCCUCGAUGAUCUCUGGAACCAGCUAGCGUCCCUCCGGCAGACACUUAUCAAACGGAUUGAUAAACGCCUUGCCUCUACAAGCGCUACGGAAGACACUAUCAUUGAAUCAUUGGCCGCCUAUUGCCUUGUAGAGAGCCCUUCUUCCGAUGAUGCGAUCCAUCGCUUUCACCGAGUGCGCCUGGGCAUCAUUGUUAACCAGUUGGAUGUAUCUCGUGAGAACAUCCCUAGAGCCCUCCAGCUGUUCGUCCGAACACUUCAGGCUUCAAAGGUCUUGCGAUCGCAUCGAUUCUCGGAUGUGCUCAUGAAACUUAAAGCUAGGCCCCUCCUCUCCGACCCAGAGAUUCAGAGUCUAGAUGGCCUCGAGGUCGAAGUUCUUGGCCGCUGGGUAGCUCCAGAUGUGAAGAAUUUCACCCCCUGGAUCAAGCUCAGCGAACUAAGCAGAACCCAGGGUGUGGAAUCAAUCAAGGAAUGGUCACUCCAAGCUUUCAAUAAAUUCUCCGACGGCUGCCAAAAGAGCUUGGUCCACAGCACCGAUUUCUCUGAGCUUCUCUCGCUCCGCACAGAGACUGUGGAACUGUGGCUAUCGUCCUGGGGCUCAACGAUCAUUCACGGCUCUGUGAAUGUCCUCGAAAGUCUUCGAAAUGUCUUCAAUAACCAGCUUGCCAGAAUCCUGAAUACGCAAGCACAAAGCCUAGGCGAAGUCGGUGCUCAAGUUUCAUACAUGAUAUCAGAAUGGGAGAAUACCGAACACAACUCCGUUGGAUCUCUGUGGGAUUCCGAUCUCAUUACCGCAGAAUACACGAACGGCGCACAGGCAUUCAAACGAACCGUAGUAGACAGAUUAUUGGGCCGUGACGAAGACGUCUCUACCGUCCUUAUGAAGUAUCAAGCAUGGCUAGCAUCAAUCGAAGCAGUCAACGAAUCUAUCGACUCUCUACGCCGUAUACGAUGGACUGACAUUCUCGUUGGAGGUGAAGUGGAAGAUGAAGAUAUCGACAUAACACCCCGACUCAACGAAGAUGACCCCCUACACCUAUCCGAUUCUCUGCAUUCUGCCGUUCGGGACGCAUUCAGCAGUCUCCAAACAUCAUUCAGCAGCGCUUUCAAGUCAUUCAACUCCUCGUAUUCCAGCGAAAAAGCCACCUUCCUACUAAGGCUUAUACGACUCGUCCGGCGAGAUAUCCCCGCUGGCUUUGUAUCUGGAGACUUUGUCUUCUCGAGCGAAAUCGUCCCUGACCUACAGAAGCUGCUUGCAACCGAAGUAGUCAGCAAGGCCGGCUCGCUGAGCUUGAUCCCAUCCCCAAAGUCAAACCCCCAGACAGGCAAGAUCAAGACCGUGCCUGGCCGAUCACUCUGGGAAGGCGAGCCUGCCAUACCUGUUCAGCCCUCGGUUUCGAGCUUCAAGCUCCUGCGCCGUCUCACUUCCUCGAUGGAUACGUGCGGAUUAGACCUAUGGGAUCCGUCCACCGUGCAGGCGUUGAAGCAAGAAUUGAAAACGAAACUCGAGGCGGCUAUCGCAUCUGCCUUGGAUGAUCUCGACAGCGAAAAUACCCCUAGCAAGGCUGAGACCAAGGACGUCCACCCCACUGCCAAUGAAGAUAAGCAGAAGGAAGAUAAAUCGGCGGAGAAAUCAGAGAUCCAAAGCCCAGAUCCAGAUCAAGUCGCGGGCCUGCGCGACUGGAGGGUGCAGCUCUUCUUCGACGCUCUGUAUCUGUCUCAGAUGCUCGGCGAGCGAAAUCAGCUGGCUGGUGUCGUCGAGCGUGCUCAGAAGAGCGCUGGUUCUAGUGCGGAGACUGUUAAGACUAUCAAGAAGCUUGCGGCUGAGUAUUGGACUCGGACGGAGCUGCUGUUUGGCCUCUUGGCAAGACAGUGA